AUGGUGAGCAAAACAGAGGAGACCCAGUUGAACAGGCUCGAGAACCAGGUCGAUAAUGGAGGAGGAGGGGCUUGGGAGUACCUCUGCCUGGUCAGAAAGCUCAAGGUCCGGCGUUCCGAGAAGGUGCUAAAGCAUGGCUUGUCGAUCUUGAACGACAUCAAAAAACGAUCAAGUCUUGGCCCGGACGAAUGGACUUUAUAUGAGCAAGUUGCAAUUGCAGCCAUGGACUGCCAAUGUCUUGAUGUUGCGAAGGACUGCAUUAGGCUUUUACGGAAGUCAUUUCCAGAGAGUAAAAGAGUUGGCAGGCUAGAGGCUAUGUUGCUUGAGGCGAAGGGAGCUUGGGCAGAGGCAGAGAAGGCUUACUCGAGCUUUUUGGAGGAAAAUUCACUCGAUCAAGUAAUACAUAAGAGAAGAGUAGCUAUGGCGAAGGCACAAGGAAAUAUUUCAGGAGCCAUUGAGUGGCUUAAUAAGUAUCUGGAAAUAUUUAUGGCUGAUCAUGAUGCUUGGAGAGAGCUGGCUGAAAUAUAUGUUUCCUUGCAGAUGUACAAGCAAGCUGCGUUCUGCUAUGAGGAGCUGAUAUUAUCUCAGCCUACUGUUCCACUUCACCACUUAGCAUAUGCUGAUGUGCUUUACACACUUGGUGGACUAGAAAACCUUCAGACAGCAAAAAAAUACUACGCAUCCGUUAUAGACUUGACUGGGGGCAAGAAUAUCAGAGCACUUUUUGGUAUUAACUUGUGCACUUCUGCCAUUGGACAGCUUGCAAAAGGAAGGAACAAGGAAGACAAGGAGAGCUCAGAGCUACAAUCACUGGCAGCAACAGCCUUGGAGAAAGACUACAAGCAGAGAGCUCCCGACAAACUUUCCCUGCUUACUACUGCCUUAAAAAGCUUGAAAGUUUCAUCAUAA